UUUCCCCAUGUCCACGGUACUUCGCAGAAAAUGACGGUACUUCGCACCAACAAGGACCAUGAUUCGGACACAUCUCAUCAACAAGGGACAUGAGAUCUGGCAGUCUCCAUCUCCAUCGCUGGCAGUCUGCUCUCCACGCCAUGAAGCACAGCUGGUGGGUUGAUGUGCGUUGUCAUGCACGCUGGAUACUGCCGGUGGAAUGGGGGAUUUGGAGGCCGCGCUUUUGCGACUUUCAAGCUGCGAGCCCCAGUUUGGACGCAGACCUCAUGAUGAUUUGCUAUGACAAGGCAGUACCUCGGUCCGUGGUGCUCUUCGACCGCUUGGAGGACGGAUGCAGUCCACGACAACCGUGGCUUCCAUGUGACCCUUUGGUGCUGUGGGCGCGAAGUGUCCUGGGUCCGCCUGCGUGAUCGACAUUGCAGAGAUGCUCUUUAUGCCUUGCUUCGCCAAGCAAAGGCCAAAAAGGAACGCAGCUCGGUGGGUUCCCUGCGAGAGCUUCAACUCAGUCAAAAAGAGACAGAGCUUGCCAGCCGAGAGGCACGGCUGCAGGAAAGGGAACGCGCUGUACAAGUGGAGGAGACUCGAUGUCCAUCGUUCGAGAGUUCCAGCAGCGAGGAGGAACCCUUUGGGUCCACUGUGGUGCUGGAUUGGCCCUUAUCUCGUUCAGAGAAGCACCUGCGCUUGGUGAACGCCUUGGACAGACAGCGCAUCGCGGAGGUCGCCUGCGAACGUGCCAAGCGCGUCCACGCGCAGCGCUCUGCAGUGCACCGCCGCUUCAGCGCCCCCCACUGAGAGCACCGCUGAAGACCAGAGGGGCCAUGCGACGGGCCAUGCGACGAGGUCGGGAAACGACCCGCUGAACGGCCAGUUCAAGUUUGUUUCUGAUUUGGGCAUUUGGCUCGGCUAUUUGGGCUAAGCUUUGCGGCCGCUGCAGCUUCGCAGCCUGCAUGAUCCCUCAUCAAAAUUUGAGACGCCGACGGUCUGACAGGUGCGCAUGCUAGAGCCUUUUGGCCAUGAC